CUUACAAACUAAAUUAAAAGAAAAUUCGACAAAAAUAUAAGAACGGAAAAAGUUAAAAUGACACCUCUUUUCGCUGUUUUGCUAUCAUUCGUGUAAUAUCACGCUUCGUUGCGCUUAUUGACCAUCGCUUGUUAACCAGACUAGAAUAUCGGGGAAAUGGCACAGUCUGCUUCAAACAUGGCACCGAUCAACGUCCGAAUUAAUCCUCUUGGAGGAGCUGUUGUAAUUUGUAUUGUUCUUGUACUAUUUUUCUAUGUCUUUGGUCUGCCAGACUUCUUUACACACGCGGAAGAACGGGUAAGCAUGAAGGAACUGUUGUCAGCGAGUGUUGUUCUUGCUAGACGUGGAGGAGACCGUGUCAAAGAAAUUCGUCGGGCUGACACGUUGCAUGAAAAAGUAAAGGGUGAGACUAAAGAAGGUGCCAAAGAAUUAGUUUCACAUGGAGAUAUGGAAUCACACAAUGCAAUAUUUUACGGCUUGGCUAAAGCUUUUCCUGGACUUUAUGUUGUGUCGGAGGAACAUGAGAAAACACCAUUAGAUUUCUCUAAGAUACCAGAUAUAGAUUUACACCUGCCAGAGGUAGAGGCACAGGUAUUAUCAGACCAGUCUAUACCGAAAUCGGAGAUCACAGUCUGGAUUGACCCGUUAGAUGCCACACAAGAAUAUACUGAAAUGAAAGACAAAGAUGGUUCCGAUAUGUUACAUUAUGUAACAACAAUGGUGUGUGUGGCAGUAAAUGGACAACCUACCAUUGGAGUUAUUCAUAACCCAUUUGUCAACAAUGACAAAGGAGAAACUACCUGGGCUUGGGUGGGAUACGGUCAUUCCGAUAACUUGAAGAAAGAGAAAACAAAGAGAUCUGAAACCGAUCCUCACAGAGUGAUUGUGUCAAGAUCUCAUCAAGGUUCAGUGACUGAUACAGUGAAAUCAUCACUUGGGAAAGUUGAUGUUACAUUAGCAGGGGGAGCAGGGUAUAAGACAUUAGAAGUAAUCAAGGGAAAUCAAGACGCAUAUGUACACACUACAUUGAUUAAGAAGUGGGACAUCUGUGCUGGAAAUGCUAUACUUAGUUCCCUGGAUGGUAAAAUGACCACAUUAGAUGGCAAGCAUAUAGACUACAGGUCUGGGGACCAGCCGAAGAACGAAGGGGGAUUACUAGCUACUACUUAUAACCAUGAUACUUACUUAGAAAAAUUAUCACAUUUAAAGAAUAAAUCUUAAUAUUUAGUGCUUUAGAUUAGAAUAAUCAUGUUUUUUUUAAUUUGAUGAGAAAUUAUUUGGCAUUAAUGUAUUAAAUACAUGUAAAAGUAUUAUUUUAAAUUUUCUGUGGCACUGCCAAUGGUAAUAGCCAGCCUGUGCCCCCCAGUAUUGAGACUGGUUAACAUAAAAAGCCAGUUGACAAGAUUCUUUAACAAGCUACUGCUCAAUUUUAAUAUAUUCGAAAUCCUUUUAAUCUCUGAACAAGCAGUAAGGCUCCCACGUUUACAUUUUUUUGUAAACGUUUACUUGAUUGCUAAGAACCGAAACGAUACCGUUUAAACGGUGGUACCUCUAUGUACUAUACACACCAUGUAUUUGAGUCGCCAAAUGAUGUCUUUCUUUCUAUUUUUAA